AUGGCAAAGACCCCUGUUUCAUCCCUGCUAGACGCAGUUCGUUCGCAACUCGUCGUUGAUUCGGAUUCAGAUGGUGCAUUGUCUCCAGGCCGCUCAUCUGAGAGGUGUGACCCAGUCCGGGAAAGUGAACUCACCCACGCACACAAUCCACGCAAUCGACGCAGUAUACACAUCUCACGAAAAUCAAACAGCUCUUCGGAGCCCUUUCCAGAGUACGAGGAUUCCCCACCGAUGGACGCAGCCGAUGAGGCCUACAAAGAGGCAUUCACAGCAGUCAUGCAGGAAGACAUCAGAAUCCAUACUGUCGAACCUGCCCUGGAACCACUGUCAGAACAACCCGUGAAGAAGCAAUGGGUUCUGGAUGAGAUGACGAAGUGUCUCUCGAACCCACAGCUUACCGAAGACACCAGGAUGCGAUUCAUAGCUCUGACCAACAUGGUUAUUCGUCUGGACAGUGCCCUCUUCUCCGGGCCGAUAUAUGACUUCCUCAAUCCAUUUGCGACAGCUGAGGCCCAGAGCAUCGCAAGUUGCAUCCUGGACUUCGCCUCGUGGACGAAUAGUCUGCUGAAGGAACUUGUGGACAGGGCAGACAACGUUUGGAAUGUGCUGGAACUUAUCCUGGAAGAGGACAUCCCAGAAAUUGUACGCUACCAGCGCAUGGUACGCUUGGUUUCCGCUCAUCUGCAGAAGACUCGGCGUCUCGAACAACAUUUGCUUCAGUUGCUCCUCGAUCUGUACGAUGAAUGGGUUCACAAUGAUUUUCUCCGACUGCGCAACGCUCAGAUCGUCCAAGAAGCCCCACUGGAUAACAACCGGCUUCAUCUGACUCGGACACUUCACGCCAUCUGGGACGUUCUGUCCCGAGCAAUCGAGAACUAUGACAUCUAUCGCGCCUCCUUGAAUGCCAUCAGAGACAAGUUCUUUACCACGCCCGAUGAUACCGCUGGGUCUUCGUCGUUCAUAUCUCUACGUUGUUUUCAAGACUGA